UAUUUGCCAUAAAUAACCACCUUCUCAUUAGCAUGCCUAUAAGCCUUUCUAGGUUAUUCCUAGCUGUAGCUGGAUGUGUUACACAUCUGGUAAAGUAAACAUUCUUUGCAAUGCAGCUUAAGAAACACUAGUCUAGACUCAAUAAUUUAGAUCAUUAAUAAAAACACUUGAAGCUUUUACUAAUAUGUCUUAAGAUUUGGGAAUAUAGAGAUAAAAGAUAAAGCCCCUGCCCUCAAGAAGCUCUUGGUUUACAUGGAAAACAAUAAAAUCAUUACAAUAUACUAUGCUAAGUGCUAUGACAGAAGCGAAGAUUAUUGGAGCUGGUAUUGAAGUGAGUUUUGGAGAUGACCAGAGUUCAUGUGGUGAGGCGGAGGAGGAGGGGUUUUUCCAAGGGAAGGAACAGCACACGGGAAAGCAAAGAAGAAUAAAAAGGAAAGGACUUACUUACUUACAUAAAUAUAAGGUUUCCAGUUCAGUUGAGAAAUAUAUAAUGUUGUGAAUUAUCAGUUGCUCUUGCUGUUUUACAGGAUGAACUCACACCAUUUUUGCUAGCUGUACAUGAAGAAAAACAGCAAAUGAUAGAAUUUUUAAGAAAGCAAAAAGAAAAUUUAACUGCAGUUAAGUUUGAAAGAUUUCUCAUGAGCAUAAGAAGGAAAAAGAUCUGUUGCAUAAAAAUUGCAUGUUGCAGGAAGAAAUUGCCAGGCUAAGACUGGAAAUAGACACAGAGAAAAAUCGGAACCAGCAAAAGGAAAAUAAUUAUCUUGAGGAGAUUAAAAUUGUGAAAGAAAAGAAUGAUUUCCUUCAAAAUACUUUGAAGCUGAAAGAGGAAACAUUUGCAACAAUGAUAUUCCAGGACAGUAUACAGCCUGAAGUUUUGAAAGCUGAGAAUAAAAUGCUCAGUUUUAAAUUGGAGGAUAAAAACCAAAACCAGGAGAGACUGGAAAGAGAAACUGAAUCAUACCAUUGUAGACUGGUUGCUGCUAUACAAGACUGUGAUCAAAGUCAGGCAUCAAAAAGAGAUGUAGAACUUGAUUUCCAGAGAACAAGACAAGAGUGGUUUCAUUUAAAGGAAAAAAUGAAUUUUGAUAUGAAUCACCUAAAAGAUAAGAAUGAGCUGCUUUCUGAAAAACUUUCUAAUGCUGAAAAUAAAAUCAGAAGCCUCAAAAUGAAGUUGCACCAGACAAAAGAUGCUCUAAGGGAAAAGACAUUGGUUUUAGAAGAUGUCCAAAGAGAACUAACCCAAUCACAACGUCAGAGGAAAGAAAUUGAACAAAUGUUUCAGAAUGAAGAAAGCAAAGUGAGUAAAUACAUUCAAAAGCAAGAAUCUCUAGAGGAGAGAUUAUCUCAAAUACAAAACGAAAAUCUGUUACUUCGACAGGAACUGGAUGAGGCUCACAAGAAAGCUGACAAUAAAGAAGAGACAAUAAUUAAUAUCCAAGAGCAAUUUAAUGCUAUUUUGAAAGAUCAAGCUCAAGAGCAAAGUCUUCUACUAGAGCAGAAAAACAACUUAAUCAAUAAAUGCAAUUUCAUAGAAAAAAGAUUGUACAAAUAUGAAAAAGAGAAAGCAGAAAGAAAUGAAAUUGUGAGACAGAUUCAAGAACUGGCUGAUACUGUAAAAAAACAACCUAUAUCAGAGCCUUCACUAGAGGCUACACCAUGUUAUGUUAAUUUAGAUGAAACACAGGACUCAAAGAGGAGAUCAGGUCAAAUCAGAAGUCAAGCUGAUCUUACAGAAGCAGUGGAAACUGCAUCUUCAGAAGGUCUACAUGUGGAUGCAGAGAUUGAAGUUCUUCAACAGGCAUUAUUAUAUAUGAAAACAAUGCAAGAGAAACGUGAAACACUACAGAAGGAUCAGGAGAAGUUGGAAGAAGAACUAGUAAACCUCAAAAGUCACAUGGAAAUGAAUGUGUUAGAACGUGGUGAAUUGGAACACCAUAAACGGGAGUUUGAAGAAAGUGCAAGGCAGGAGAUAGCAGAACAAUUAGCAACUGCUGGUCUACUUUUACAGAAUUUAAAUUGA